AUGGCCCGUGCUGUCCCUCUCCUCGCCACGCUAGCCAUGCUGGCCGUGCUGCUCGCCGCCACCGCUGCAGGCGGAGACGCCCCGCCCGGCAAAAUCGCGGUGGUUGGGGCUGGGAUCGGGGGCUCUGCCGUGGCCCAUUUCCUCCAGCAGCACUUUGGACCCCGGGUGCAGAUCGACGUGUAUGAGAAAGGCACCGUGGGUGGCCGCCUGGCCACCAUCUCAGUGAACAAGCAGUACUACGAGAGCGGGGCCGCCUCCUUCCACUCCCUCAGCCUGCACAUGCAGGACUUCGUCAAGCUGCUGGGGCUAAGGCACCGGCGCGAGGUGGUGGGCAGGAGUGCCAUCUUCGGUGGAGAGCACUUCGUGCUGGAGGAGACUGACUGGUACCUGCUAAACCUGCUCCGCCUCUGGUGGCGCUACGGCAUCAGCUUCCUGAGACUGCAGAUGUGGGUGGAGGAGGUCAUGGAGAAGUUCAUGAGGAUCUAUAAGUACCAGGCACAUGGCUAUGCCUUUUCGGGCGUGGAAGAGCUGCUCUACUCACUUGGGGAGUACGCUUUCAUCAACAUGACCCAACAUUCCGUGGCUGAGUCUCUGCUCCAAGUGGGUGUCACACAGCGCUUUAUCGAUGAUGUCGUCUCUGCCGUCCUGCGGGCCAGCUACGGCCAGUCAGCAACGAUGCCAGCUUUUGCAGGAGCCAUGGCAUUAGCAGGGGCUCAAGGCAGCCUGUGGUCUGUGGAAGGAGGCAACAAGCUGGUUUGUUCUGGUUUACUGAAGCUCACCAAGGCCAAGGUGAUCCACGCCACAGUAACUUCUGUGACCCUGCACAGUACAGAAGGAAGAGCCCUGUACCAGGUGGGGUAUGAGAAUGAGAUGGGCAGUGGCUCUGACUUCUAUGACAUUGUGGUCAUCGCAACGCCCCUGCACCUGGACAACAGUAGCAGCAACUUCACCUUUGAGGGCUUCACCCCACCCAUUGAUGACAUUCAAGGAUCAUACCAGUCCUCCGUUGUCUCCUUGGUCCAUGGCUACCUCAACUCUUCCUACUUUGGCUUCCCUGACCCUAAGCUUUUCCCCUUUGCCAAUAUCCUUACCACAGAUUUCCCUAACUUCUUCUGCACCCUGGACAACAUCUGUCCUGUCAACAUUUCCACCAGCUUCCGGCGGAAGCAGCCUCAGGAAGCAGCCGUCUGGCGAGUGCAGUCUCCCAAGCCCCUCUUUCGGACCCAACUGAAGACUCUCUUCCGUUCCUAUUACUCAGUGCAGACAGCCGAAUGGCAGGCCCACCCCCUGUACGGCUCCCGCACCACCCUCCCAAGGUUCGCACUCCACGACCAACUCUUCUACCUCAACGCGUUGGAAUGGGCAGCCAGCUCUGUGGAAGCCAUGGCUGUAGCUGCCAAGAACGUGGCCUUGCUGGCUUACAACCGCUGGUACCGGGACCUGGACAAGAUUGAUCAAAGGGAUUUGAUGCACAAGGUCAAGACUGAACUGUGAGGGCCCCAGGCAGAGCCUGAGAACUUAACCCCACCCCUGAAAACAGUUCCCACCCCACAUCAGCCUGGGGUUCACCAAGCCAUGACUGCCCUCUGCCACCCAGUGUGGGUCUAGGUGACCAUGGGCUGUCUGCCUAUCUGUGCUAUGGAUUCUCACAACAGAUGUGUUUCUCUUUAAAGGAGGAGAAUCAGAAAAGGGACGAAAACUUAAGCCAGUAUAUUUGUUUUAUUUAUUUUAAGAGGAAAUGAAAAAUCCACUUUCUCAGGCUGCUUGUGACUUGGUUUCUAACUAGGAACUUUGAUGGCAACUGGAAGGACUAUAAGGCAGGGACAUUGAGACUGUUUUCCACUCCCUGUUCCCAUCUGGACAGCUGUUGAGGCAUCUACCAAGAUAUGCAACCAGAUGGCUACAAAGGAAAGGGAAGUAAGAAAACCUAAGAAAUUAUCUUAGUCCUUUUUUACUGUAGGUUGUCUAGCUGUAAGACACUUAGUUCAGAACCUACUUAAUGCCUUCUUCAAAUCUCUCAACAACACUGCAUAGCAGUAGACUUGACUGAGAGGAUCUAAGGAAGAGAUGUUUGCCCCUAAGGAGCCCUCAGUAUUGCUCCAAGCUACCUGGAAACCAGUGGGAAGAGGGAAAUUGUGCUUGGCACCCAGAGGAAUUGCCCAUCCUGGUCCUCAUGGAGGGGUUGAGGGUGGAUCUGCUUUGCAAAGAAGACAA